ACCACGCAAAAAUUCUUUUUUUUCAGAGCAUAUAUACUCUCCACUAAGCCCUAUUUGGCACAUACUUUACCAAAACAGAGCAUUUGAGUAAAAGGUAUGCAGUGACCUGAAACCAAGUUUAAUGGUCAAAUGUGAAGGUCAUACCAGAAUUGUAUGAAAAAUCAUUUUCAGGAGUACAUCUCUCCAUUUGGUUCAAUCUGGGUCAUACGUCACCCACAGGGGUACCUUUAACCAAAGGAUAUACAGUAACCUUGAAUAAUGUUUGUAGAUCAAGGUCAUAUUGCAUCAUACAAAAUGUUUUUUUUUAAGAGCAUAAAUACUCUUCACUUAGACGUAUAUAUGGCUCAUUCUACACAUAAGCAGAGCUUUUGGGUUAAUGGUUUGCAGUGACUUUAACUCUUUACCCCUUAGACCCCCCUAUCCUUUAACCCUUAAUGACGUGUUUUGACGACUACUGCCAUAUCCUUAAUGACGACUUUUGACGCACUCUAUAUACAGCAGUUAAAAACACCCCUAAUUACCUGUUGUUUACUAUAAACAUCGUAAGAUAUAUACCCUGCCAUGUAUACGGUAGAAUUCCCACCUGGUGUAAAUAUAGAAAUCACGUGGUUUACCUGCGUAAAUAGAGGAAUUCUGGGACCGCGUACCUUGUUCAACUUGAGAAAAAUGGCGGACUAUGAUUCAGACUACGAACGUGUUUUGGACAUCAUUGAUGCAAGUUCGGGGUCGGAAUUUUCAGGAUUUAUUAGCGAGGAAACCGACAUAAGUUCCGAUGAUGAUUCUGUGUCAGAAGAUUGGGAAAAUGCCCCGGAGAAUGACGGUACCGAUGACAGAACUCCAAGGUGUGUUUUACCUGCCGGACCUAAACUUCCUCGGGAUUUCGAUGUGAAAAGUGCUGGUGCAUUGGAUUAUUUUACUUUAUUUGUGCCCAUGGAUGUCUACGAUCACAUUGCCUGUGAAACCAAUUUGUAUGCGGAGUUAGUUCAGCGAGAAAAAGGAGAAAUGGACGACAGGUGGACUGAUAUCUCGGGGCCCGAGAUUCGCGCGUUCAUCGGACUCAACAUUCUUAUGGGAGCUUCGCCGCGCCAUUCCUACGAGGAUUACUGGAGGGAUAAUGACUUCCUUGGUUCGCCAGGAUUUAAGAACACCAUGACUUACAACAGGUAUGAAAAACUGUCCCAGUAUAUCCACGUGAAUACAGCUGCCGCCCGGGAAAGACGAUCCGAUCCAAACUACCAUCCCAUAAACAAGGUGAAACCUCUCUACGAUGUUACAAACCAAAACUUCCGAAGAUACUACCAACAUUCAACGGAAAUAUCCAUAGAUGAGGCAAUGAAGGGGUACAAAGGAAGAAGUGAGCUUCGCCAGUAUAUGCCAGAUAAGCCAGAGAAGUUCAAGAUCAAGUUUUGGGCCAGAUGUGACGGUAGGACUUCUUACAUGUCCAUGUAUCAACUCUUCACCGGGAAACGCGACAGAACCCCCAUUCAGCUUCAGCAUGGCCUUGGCUACCGAGUUGUGCAUGACCUUACUCGAGAUCUUGGGGGACUCAAUCACCAUGUGACUUUGGCUACAGAUCUUCUCCUGGAAGAUAUCUACACCUGUGGAACCCUCAAUCCAAACCGGAAGGAGAUCCCCCCUCAACUACAACAAAAGAAAGCCAUCAUCAAACUACAGAUUCCCCAGCGAGGAGAUUCAGUGGACUACAAAAAGGACGGUUUAUCAGUCACCGCUUGGAACGACAACAAUGUGGUACCUGUCCUUCACAACAACAGCUCUAGUGAUCCUGUGAGAUAUGAGCGUCAAGUAGGACGGAAUCGCCAGAUGAUCCCGCAGCCGAAAGCAAUCGCCGACUACAACCGGUUUAUGAAUGGUGUGGACCUACAUGACCAAAUGAGGAAAAAGUAUUCGUGUGGACGUGCCAGCAAGAAGUACUGGAAAUAUUUGAUGUGGUUCAUCAUUGACUGUGCCCGUACCAAUGCCUACAUCAUUUUCCGAGAGGACUCUCCGAAGGAAGCGGUUCACUCAGUUACUUCGUUACGGAACUUGGUGAAUCUCUCAUUGGAAACUUCUGUGGACGAAAGAGACUGUGUGUCAGAGAAAUUCUAUCUCCCCUAG